GUUUUCUCAUAGUUUAUAGAUUGUAAAGCGGCGUCUUAGACGAAAUAUUUUGCUUUUUUGUUUAGAACAUUUUUUAUAAGAUUGUCUUUUUCCUCAAACGCUUUGCGAAAAUGGUGGUUUGGCAACUCUCCUACGCAUCAGACUGGUUAUUCUCUUCCAAAUAGAGAGAUAAUGUUUUUAAAGUAUUUAACGUAUUUUUUUUAGCUUCUAUUGAUGGCUAAGUAAAGAUAUUUAAGAAAGUUUAUAAAUUGAAAACUCAAUAGAUUUUAUGGAUAUGUCUGAAGUGCAAAAUUUUCAAUCGAGUGAAAAUUGGCGCAAUAUUAUUAAAACGUUUUUAACCAUGGAAAGAAAAAGUGCAACAAAACAAAAAAACGAAAUAAAGGAGAGCGACCGAAGAAGUUUAGAUAUCGGAGAAGAUUUGCAGAACAUUUUGGAGGAAAGAACGCGGCAAAUAAAUAUAAAAAAGAAAAUGGAAGAAUAUCAAAAAAUGCUCACUGAUGAGACAGUGAUUGAUACGGAGCCUGGAGGAUUAAUGCAAAUAUCUAACGAAAGUUUUGAAGCUUUAGAGCGCAUGUGUGACAAAACCCUUUCUGAUCCAAAUAAUACAAUUUUUAAAUAUAUGAAGGCUGAUAAUAAGGAUCAAAUAUUGGCUGCCAUGAAAAAACGUGCUGAUGGAAACGAGGCAAACGUGACCCCGCAAAUGUUAUUACAAAAAUUGAAAGAUUGCACUGUUUUGGAUGAAAUCGAAGCCCCGUCACACUUUUGGGAUAAUACAGUUGAUGGCGAAAAUGAAUUUCAAAUGUCGCCAGUUAAAAUGGUGGGUCUGCUACGACCGUCUACAAUAAUGGAGGAGGCUUGCGAGGAUUCGGUCCAUUCGGAUAUAUCAUCUCCUGCCAGUUUCGAAACUGCUGCGAAAUGUACUCUUAGCGGUAUUUCUUCAGCUGGAACAUAUGGCACUGCUAAAGAUUUCACUUGCGGCAGCAGUGCAUGUUCGAUUCCUGUUACUAUUCAAAAUCAGUCAAGUAUUGAACCUGACAGAAACACAUCACUCGUUUACAACGCAGACAAUUUAACCUUUGUGGAUAAUAGCACUUUGGACGAUGGAAGCAGAAAAAAUGCCACUGUUGUAACUGCAAACAAUAGGUACGGGCAAGAAGAAGCUUUAGAAACGGAUUGUAAUGAACCUAACUCUAAACUUCCGCAAAUAAAUGCACAGAGCCCUCUUGUGAACAGUGGUGAGGAUUCUGAUGAGUCAGUAAUUGAAAUCUCUGACGAAGAAAAGGAUAACGAAGUGGUAGAAGCCAAUAUAGGCACAGAUGAAAUAUCCUGUCAAAAAAACACUGCUCCGCAAAAAACAUCGCAAAUCCUUAAGGAUAUAAAAGCCGAAAGCAUUAUGAGUCUAUCCUUCGAAAGCGAUAAAGAAAAUUGCUACGAUUCAAACAUUGAAACAUCUCUCCAGUUCAAUGACACUAUGGAAGAAGUUGAAUACAUGCUUAAAAAAGGUAUGGAAUAUAUGGCAUCAGACGGUAUGCCAAAAAAUAAAUCAGAUAAGACAAAAUCGCUAAUAAGCAGUCAAUUUGAAAAGUCAGUCUUGUCGACUCCUAAAACUCCCGAAGUUUCUGCCACCCAGUCGUACAAAUGCUCAAUCAAUAAAUCGGUUCCAAAAGCCAAACCAUGCGCCACAAAGUCGGAAGGAAAAGCCGUGAAUAAUUUAGCACGCAGCAUUGCCAAAAAGGCGGAUCGAUAUGCAAUUGAUAUAAAACCUUUUCCUAAAUUGGAUCUGUUUGCUAAGCCAACAAACAAGCGUCAGAAGGAACUCUCGCAUAAAUUUUCGCAUGUCGUUAGUCCAAUUGGCACUUAUAUGAAAAAGACUGCCGUUACGCCGCUAAUGGCCAACAUAAAGUGUCGAAGAAUGAAAAACGACGUACUUGACUCUACAGCAUUCCAAGAACUUGAGAAAGAGUCUCGUUUAUAUAAGCUUCAGGUAAGUUCAAACGAAGGAGCUUCUCAAACUGGAGGAAAAAAAAUAGCGGGACUCAAUCCUCAAUACAAGCCAUUACCGAAGAAAGCGUACAUAUCAUCGGACCGGAAACACAUAACGGAUGAACGCACUCCUACCACAAUACCCGGUGGUGCGAAAAUACAAAAAUAUAUUGAAAGUGCUGUCUUGCCGGCAGUUGUUCGACACGAGGGCAAAUUGAAAAUGAAUGCAGCUGAAGCCUACAAAGCAUUAGAUAAGAACGUUGACUUAAAAUUGAACAAAAAGCCUGAAUCAAUGAAUGAUAUCAAAUGCCGUACAAAUGCCAGUUUGGCAAAUCUAUCUGUUAUGUCUGGCGAUAUCUCCGUAUACACAAUUAAGGACGCUCAAAAGUUGUAGACGGAGACAGCGAUGAAUAUUUAAUUUAAAAUAUAACAUCCUUUUUGACUAAAAUAUUUAAGUAAUUUUUUUUUUACGCCACUAAUGGUUGAUUACACUGAGAAUGGAUCUACGCUGCCAUUUUCCGCCGUAUUUGAAUUCUGAGAGAAUAAAUUGUUUGCGUAGAGAGAGGAAGAGGGAGGGUUUUGGAGCAAAGCAAAGAGAAAUUUUGAAAAUUGCGGAUUUUUUUCAUUUAGCGACUUAUUUUGAGAAAGUCGUCAUAGUGGAAGUACUUGUAUAAAUAGCUCGUCCUGGAUCGAAAUAUAUCAGUGCAUCAAAUUUCGUCAAAAUAUCUAAAAAAUUGCAACCUUUAGGUUGAGCACAAAGGUGCAUACAAAAACUGACAGACGGACAAAAAUCGACUUAAGAAAUCAUUCUGAAUUGAUCGGUAUAAAAAUUAUGGGAUUAUGCCAAGUUGUUUCGGUGCAGUAUAUUAAAAAAGUUGGGAUCAAACAUGAAGUUGCUCAUAAACGUUUGUGCGUCUCUAGGAAGCGCCGUGGGAAAGAGUUGUGAAAGCAGCGUUUUGCGUUGAUGCUCGGACCCGUUAAAAUUUUCAAUAGCCACAAAUUUUCCAGCAGAAAAAUGCGUAUUAUAUUUUAAGAUCAUUACUUCUAAUCACGAAUACUUCCUUAAAUUUUAGAAUGAAUAUCUUCAACGCGUGGUCACCAGACGCGAUUUACUAUUCACGCGCAUACAAAUAAAAAAAAAAGAAGGGAAAACUGAACUUUUUGGUAGCAAACGGAACUUGGAUGGAAAACAACAAUUAUCUUUAAAGCUUGCUUAAUUUGAAAAGUUUG